UCGGUGCCAAUCUACGUCCCACUCGUCCAUGUAAUACGAACUCUUUAAACUCUGUGAGAAUCUUAGCUAAUUAAUUAUUUGUACAGUCAUGGUGACAAGUGUUUUUAUUCACAAUCCUAAAAAUUUUCAUAUAUAAAAUAGUGCGUGUUUUAAAUCAUUCUGUUGUUUUGUGCAUUUUUUUAACAUCUUGUUAUGACUGGAUAUUAGGUUAUAUAAUUUUACUUACUGACAUAAGGGUAUCCAGAGGAUGCCUCAGAACAUGACUUAGUGCCCCAUGAGCGCGGCACGCCACUCACCGAUACGUCACAUACAUAUUUCAAGAUGGUGCCUCGUUGGUUUGUGGUCUGCUGCGUCGUGCUGUUCGCGAGGCCGGUACACCCUCAAGGCGCUCAGCAAUGCCCCCCUCCAAACACCAUAACACCCUGCUCUUGUACCGUCAAGAAGAAUGGAUUGGACAUUUUGUGUGAAUUCACUGAGCAGCAACAUAUUCAGAAGGCUAUGAACACGCUCCGAUCGAAGCCCAUGAUAAUAUUUUACUUGAAGCUCCGCCACAACAAUCUAGCAAAGUUGCCGUCAUACAUAUUUCUGAGCUUGGAUAUACGCCACCUAACUGUUCACAACAGUAGUUUAGCUGUUAUUGAAGACUCCUCUUUGAGUUCUAUCGGCAACAAGUUAACACAGCUUGACGUGUCCCAAAACAAUCUGGCGACAAUUCCGACAUCGUCCUUCACGCAUCUGAAUCACCUGCUUAUACUAAACAUGAAUCACAACAAGGUGACUGCUAUUCACAACAAAGCAUUUCUGGGUCUGGAUACGUUGGAAAUACUAACUUUGUACGAAAAUAGAAUAUCUGUCGUCGACGGCGAGGCUUUUAAGGGCUUAGAAAAGAAGCUGAAACGGUUAAAUCUUGGAGGAAACGAAUUAACAGCGGUGCCACAAAAGGCUUUAGCUCUGCUCGAGAAUUUAAAGAAACUUGAAAUGCAGGAAAACCGUAUUACGUCCAUUUCAGAAGGCGAUUUUGCAGGCCUACGUAAUUUGGAUUCCCUCGGGCUGGCCCACAACCAGCUACGUGAAGUACCAGCAAACGUAUUUUCUCAUUUGACAUUCCUCAACUCUCUGGAGUUAGAAGGCAAUCUCAUUCAGCGGAUCGAUGAGAAGGCUUUCGCUGGACUGGAAGAAAACUUACAAUACCUUCGGCUCGGAGAUAAUCGUCUCCACGAGAUCCCAUCGGAGGCCCUGCGCCCUCUACAUCGCCUACGUCAUUUGGACCUUCGCUCGAAUAACAUUACUUACAUCAGUGAAGACGCUUUCACUGGAUACGGCGACUCAAUUACUUUCCUGAACCUCCAAAAGAACAUGAUACAUCAAUUGCCUACAAUGGGUUUCGAUAACUUGAACUCUCUCGAGACUCUCAACCUGCAGAACAACAAGUUGCAACAUAUUCCCGAAGAGAUUAUGGAGCCGAUACUCGAUACUUUGCGUGUUGUGGAUAUUAUGGAUAAUCCUCUCAUUUGCGACUGCGACCUAGCUUGGUACGAAUCCUGGCUAUCUGGUCUCCGUGACCGUGACGACGAGAUGAUGCAGAAGAAACGCACCAUUUGUACAAUGGCUAGCGAGCACCGGGAGUAUAGCGUUGCCAAGAUGCCAUUAGAGAAAAUGAGCUGCAAGCGAAAGCCCGGUUACGGUAGACCUUCCAGCGCAACAAAUAUCUCCCCAAUUUUGGCUAAUGUUAUAACCGCUGUCGUCGCUAGAUGGCUAUAAAUGAAUAAAACCCUUUCAUUUACCCUUUUAAGUUCAACGAAGAGUAACGUCGGGUUAGCUGUGGCCGGAUAGCUCGAUGUAUGCUCUUCAAAUGUAUUCUCUUUUAGUUAUGACGUGAUGAAUUUGUGCAAUAAAUUACGAAACAUAUCAAUUUGGCUGAAUACAAAAAUUAGUAAUAUUUGGGACGGUGACUUGUGAUAAGUAAGGAUUGUUUAUAAAAACGCGUGGAAGUAAAUAUAGUGUGAUACACUAGAUAUUUUUUAAAUAAGACCUUUAUGGUAGCCUUACUUUAGUAUUAUACCAACAGAGAAGUGAUGAAAUUUUAAUUCACAUUCGUAAAAUUAGAAAUUUCGACAGUAGUUAUUUAAAAAAAAAAUAUAGUAAAAGUUCUCGAAGAUAUUUUAUCGAGCUCUUAUACUUUCCUGGGAGCUAAACUUUUAAAGCAAUAUUUUAAAUACCUUCAAAUAACGAUCCUAAUAUUUUUUAUUGUUUACUCCUGUCAUAUACUCUUAUUACGUAAUAAGCUUUUGCGCAUUUACCAAGUUGAAUAUUCAUUGUUAUAUUUAUCUGUACACUUAAGAAAUGUGAGGCUCUGUCGUAACCAAAUUACAGAGGAGCGUUUCAUACUAUAUCCGUAUUUCUACCUCUUGUUUGUCGUAGUGUUAUGUUUACUUUAUGGAAAAUUAAAUGAAUGUUAUAUUAGAUACCCUUAACGUUCGGUGUAGUUUAGUUAUAGUUAUUAUUGUUAGAUAUAUUUAAUUAAACGCAGUUGUUACGUUUCUUUGUAUACACGUGUUUAAAUUAAUUCAAAUGUUGCAUGUUCGAAAUAGUUAAGCUUUUAAGCUCACAUAUAGUAAAGCAUGGACGAGAUCUAAUUUUCAGUUACGUGUGAAAAAAAAAAACAUUUGAAACGCCACCAAAUAAGGCUUCGUUAGUUCCUUCAUAUUAUUUAUAAAUUUUAUUUUUUAUUUUCGUAAUUCUUAUCAGCAUUGAAUAGUGGAAUAAUAAAUGUGACUUUAGAUGCUUACACAUUUGCCAUUUUGCAUUUAGUUACUGUGCACGAUGCUCCUUUAUCUGUGUAAUUCAUAAUUUAAAUACUUGCUAAUAUUUUUGCGCUUUUGUAAUCCUACAUAAGUGAUAUAUUUGUAACCAAAAACAUAUCCCCUAGUCUGAAUUAUAUUAGUAUACAUUAAGUAUAUUCGUAUUAAGUAUACAAAUGUUGCGAAUAAUUGAAGCUUUCUAUGUGAUAUCCUGUUCCAAAACAUUCAUUUCUUAAGAGUUAAAUAUACGCAUUUUUCUAUAUAAACAAAAAAAAAAUGUUUGGCGCGUGUAUGACGCGAGAUUGAAUACCUAUUUUGUAUUCUUUUUACACGCGUUUAUACAUUUUAUAUAUCGUAUGUGAAUGUGAAAAUAUAUAUCGUUGUUAAAGUAUUCACUAUAAACGUAACUGCACUAUGUUUAAUGACAGUUAUGCACAUAACAUAGUAACAAAUCAGAGUCAAAAAACCUGAUAAGUUAAGUCAACAAUGUAACGUCUUAAAAUUGGUGUAGUGUUGUAUUUAGAAUAUUUUUUCUAUAUUCUACGUGUUGUAUAAUCUAUGCGCUGUAUUUAUAUUAAUACAUAUAUUCGGUGUUGGAAUUCAGUCAAUGUCUGAUAACGGCGAGAAAAUGUUUACAAAGUAUAAGAAAAAAAACCAAAUAAAUGGUACCAAAUAUUUCAAAUCUUGACUUGACUGUAUUUUGAGCUGAACACUAGAGCGUGACUUUUUAAUAUUAUAUGUUAUUGUCCUUCGUAAUAUGAAUAAAUGUUAAAUAUACUUUGUACCCUUCGAAAAAAUUUACGGUAUAUCUAUAAAGUUAACCAGGAACCAACAUCUGACAUAUCGGGAGGAUGGCGCGUAAAAAACAAGCAAUUCGCCCACAAGAUGCAUAUCAAUAUAGCUGUAAGCCAUUUAAUAUAUACAUUUGAUUGUUGUGGAAUUAUUACUGUUAACGUUACUGUGUACCUUAUCAUAUUUUCGAUGUAUGUGUAAUUAAUGUCUUACUAAUCGUCUAUUAAAAAUAUAAGUAGUUUUAGCAGCUGUUAUUUUAUAUGAUUUAAAAAUCUCUAUAAAAUUUCAUUGUUGAUUCCGAGAGAUACCCUAUCAAGUUUAUAGUCACAUUUAUUAUUUAAGUUAACUUAAGUAUUAAUUAUAAAUCUCGCUGUAAAUGUGUAUCAAAUUUUGAUUUUAAUAAAAAUUUAAAUAUGUCUAUAA